CAUCAUAAUAGUUUAAGCAAAUGCCAAUAGAUGCCAGUGUCGUUGCCUUGUCAAAAUGUUUCAAGUCAUAGAGUGAUUUGUCAAAUGUUGAUUUUCCUAUAGGUGGUCAAAGCAUAUAAGCAUAAUUUGUUAUGAGGUGGUUAUGAGUGGACAAAAAAUAAAAUAGUUUUUUGUUGGAUGACCGUGAUUCAACUAAUUUGUUGUAAAUGUCUAUGGACGGUUGACUAUAAUAGCUCUUUAAAAGCAAGUUGAGUAAACCAGGUAGAUUCUCGUGUCAGUGCAAUUUAAAGUGUGGCCAAAAUCUAGGUUUAAGAAGGUAACUUUUCAUAAUGGGUGAAGAAAUACCAGAGAAGCAUUUUGAGGAAUCUAAAAUGAAAGCACAAAAAGAAAACAAGUAUAACCGUUUAUUGCCUUAUGUUCAUGAUAUAGAAGAAGAGGCAGAAAAAUUAUUCAUCGAUAUAAAGACAAAUCUGAUCAGAUCAGUGCUGGGAAGAGAAAUGAGACCAGGUUGUGCUAUGUGGACUUCUAGAUUGAUCAAGUAUAUCAAAAUUUAUGGAUAUAAAUUCUCAAAACAAGACCAUAUUGCUUUAAUAAAAUUAUUUUAUGAGCUGCUUAUUAUACCAGAUCUAGAACCUACAAGAGUUAAUAAAUGUGCAUCUACACUGACAGUACUGUUGAAAAAGAAAUAUCUAUUAUCUAGAGAAGAUCUACAACUUGACUGGAGACCAUUGUAUGACAUGUGUGUAAGAGUGACAGAGAAGACAAAAAGAGACCUAGGAAUGUAUAGGUACUCUGCUUCAUUUGAAGGCACACUUUUCAAUGCAAUUCGCAUGUGCAGGGUAUAUUUCCCAGCAUCAGCCACUCAGGAGAUUCUGGAUGAAUUCAAACAAUAUCUUUGCCCUUUCAAUACCUGUGAUAUGUCUUAUUCUAUGGAGUAUAUGGAACUGUUUUUGCCAUGCCAUGUAAAGCCUUCAGAAGCAGGUAUUAGCUACAAGCUUUGGUUUGAUGAGUUGAUGAUCCUGUGGAACAAUUGCCAAGAAGCUUGUCCUUGGGAAAAUUACCUGAUGUAUAUGAUGACAAACUUGGCAAGAUACCAAAUUGGGUACAUUGACUGGCAGCCACAUAUUGCUAAUAUGUUUGUUAGUGUGAGAAAUAUGGUUAGAAGAUAUAACGUAACUGGUUCAGUUAAUAUUAACCCACGAUAUGUGAAAAAAGUAAUAUCACAAAUGCCGACCGAAGAGCACAACUCAUAGAGAGGCCCACAAACUGGGAUUCAGCACUUGCAAGGUUCCAAAGAGCCUUCCAGCUGCCCGUUAAUUUCAAGCAUCGUCAGAUAGGCCGGCAACACAAAAUAGAUAUUUCUGCAAUGGCCACAUGGAUAGUCUAUACUUUGAAUGGCGUCGACGACAUUGCUUUCUUCCAUUUAGAGAAGCUCAUGCAGAGUCUCGAGUCAUACUACCAUCCUGCCAAUCUUGGAAGAUGGACUGCUAAGAUUCGGGAGCUGCUCAGACAGCUCUCUUAUAACUUUGUUCAUAGAAUUUAUUGCGAACGCUACAAGAGGCCAUCUUGGGACUAUCAGUGUCCAGAUACACAUAAGAUCACCGACGCUGAUAUUGAUAGGUUUGUGAAUAUACUGAAGCCUUGUCUAGAACAUGCUAUGUUUUCUAGGAUGGGGUCGCAGGACACUAGCCUUGCUUUGAAUUAUUUAGCCUCCCUAAGGCCGAAUUUGAUCAUCCCUAUGACGUUAGAAAAGCUUUACAGCUCGAUGAACAGUCUAACGGAGCCUCACAAACUCACGUCGUGUAUGAUGGCUGUCUCAUCUAUUGGUAGAUACAUGGUACAAGGUGGAAAAAUGGGAUACCCCGAAGGUCCUACACACAUCAUUCCUUUGCUCAUGGAACUGUUGCCUGGUAUAGAUCCUAAUGAUGUCGGGAAGUCUUAUGUUACGUUCAACUUCAUUGCUCAUUUCAUUAACAUGAUUCCGAUUGUAGACUGUUCAGAGGCUAGUAAAUAUCAUCAACUUACAGAAGAGGAGCAUAUAAUAUGUGAAGCGACUGCUGGAUUUGAAGACUUUGUGUUGCAGUUUUUUGAUAGGUUGUGCGUAUGGAUGGAAUCCAGUUCAUUAGAUUUCAUAAGACUGGAACAAAUGACAAAUAAUGACGUAAGAAAUAGAGCGGAAAGUAUAUCAGAAAACGUGAUUGCUUCCGUGAUAGCUGCGAUACUGCAUCAGUGUUCUCCUGAUAUUUUUAAAAGUGCCUUGAAACGUAUAUACAAUUUUGUGAUUAGUAAAAUUUUAGAAGUACACGUCUCUGGGAAACUUUUAGCUGUAACUUGUCACUGCUUUGCAAGAAUAAAUCCUAAGGAAACACUCAAACUAUUCAUACCAUACUUUUGUGAUAGAAUAGAAGGGAUAUUUGCUGAAAAUACAAACCUUGAUAAGGAAGAACACGUGGAUGAUGAGUUACUGUAUGAUUUGCUUAUAUUAUCAGAAGUCGUGAACGGUAGAUCCGAGUUGCUGAACUACAUGGAUAGAUUGACCAAUAUUCUCGAUAGAACUCUUCAUAUGAGUUGCUUAGCGGCCAGCCAAUUUGCCACAAAAAUUUUAGAAUCUAUAAUGUCGUCUUUAACCACCAUUGCCGCUACAGAAGUCAGAAGCUCAGAAAGAGACUAUUCAGUGCACGUAAAAGAUUUUCUUCCGAUAAGAGAAUGGGGAAUCGGUUAUCAACUAUCAGAUGUCAAAAUAUCUUGGUAUGUACCCGGAACUCAUGAAGUCCAAGCUAUUCAGCAACUGCUCAAUAAAUAUUUACUGCAUGAAUUAGAUACAUUAAAGAGACACACGUCAGGCGAAGUAACUCUUUCAAGGCAAAAUCUGAAACAAAGCUUGAAGAUCGUAUAUUCUAUCUUAUUUUGUCACUCCUUAUUGCCUAUCUGGGAAGAACCAGUAUAUCAUUUGGUGAACAGUGUGCUAGAACCGUGGGCGUUUAAUUUGAAGGUAUGCAGCAGUGACCCAGUCACAAUGCCUGAUGGUACAAAUGUCAGGAAAGCUGUCGUUGAUGUAUUACAUAGGUUGCAAAAAAAGAUGCUAGAAAGUGACGAUGGCGAUACGCAAAGUAUCCAGAAUAUAAUCAACAUUUACAAUAUAAUUUUGUUCAACAGGACAGGCACGCAUGAUUUUGAUCUUCUAUGGAAGAGUUUCAGCAUGAGCAAGAAGUUACUAGAGGAUCCAUUGCAUAAGAAGAAAGAACAGUUUAGGUACUUGUGGAUAAGCAGGGCUUUGUUCCAACAAGGGCUCAGAACAGAAAGCAGAAAUUGUUCUUUUACAGACACUCAUAAGCAGAUUUUGCUGGAUAUCUUCGAAUUGAGCACAUCUAGGUACAGCAAAGUGAGAAGUGCAGCCCAGUGUAAACUUAGUAACAUCAUUGCAUAUUUUCCCUAUUCUUUUACCCUUUUAACUGAACCUAUAAAAAAGAUACUGGAGCUAGAUUCUCAAGAACAUCACGAACGUUUCAAGGGAUGCCUGUAUGUAUUGCUAGGUCCAAAAAAUGCCAGCAUUGUCGCCAGGCAUGACUGGAAAUUCAUUGCAGAGAUAUGGCCUGCGUUAGUUAGAUCUAUGCCCAGUGAGAAACCAUCUAUCAUCAAUCUUGUCGCUGCACUUUCAGAGGCAAUUGAGAAAUGUUUCCCCACUAUAGCUGUAAAGUUGCAGAUACCUGAGAGAACAUUAACUGUUGCUUAUGAGUUUGCUAAGACUUCCCCUGUGGUUAGCUUAGAUAAUUUCCAGCAUGAAAUCAGUAACAGCGAAAUUUAUCUUUGCAUGAGGUCAGAAGAACGACGUGUAGCAUAUGAAAGUACAAUCAAUCAAUUGUUAGAUGCUUUGGAGACUGGAAAUUUACAUUGGCGUUAUCAUAUUCUAGCCAUGAAUUUGGUGAAAACCAUAGUACACUUUGAUGUAAAGUAUAGCUGUAGAAUAGUGCAGUUUUUCUUGAAAUCCCUAAUCAGCGAGUCGAUAUUCGUAAGAAAAUGCUCUUUAAAGGUGGUUGUAUACAGCUUAAUCCAAAACAAGCCCAAAUUUAUCAAAGUAGAUAUAGAUCCGUUUGCAGUUGCUGGCUGCUCACCUCCUAGCAAGCUGAAGCCUGGUAUCAGAGAAGAUAAUAAGUGGCUGUUAUAUAACAGCAAAACUGCUCCACGUAGUGCCGAGGAGUGGGAUCAACUUAGAUAUAUCCACGAUCAGUCCACAGGAUAUUACGUCUGGCCCAAAAAGCUACAGGUUUACGACUCACCGUCAAAACAAAACCCUCCUGCCAGAAGAUUGGAUCGUUUGACUGAAAUAGAGUCUGUGGUGUACAAUUUUUUCACUAACGAAGACCACGUUACUGCACUGAUCAAAUAUUGGUCUUUGGAGGAGAAAAAAGGACAGGAUCAGUUUAAUCCGUUCCGAUUUUACACUUUUAAAAACCUGUUUAAGAUGUUCGAAGAUAAGUUACUACCAGUAUUCAUACCGCAUGUCGAAAAACUAAUUAAGGAUAAGUUGGAGUCACACCAAAGAUGCGCCGCUGAAAUCAUCAGUGCCAUUAUAAGAGGUUCGAAACAUUGGGAAUACGACAAAGUAGUUAAAAUGUGGGGUGUCGUCCUGCCACUUUUAGAAAGCGCGAUCACGAACAUGUGUUCUGAGACACAAACAGACUGGGCGUUAUGCAUUACAAUGGGUACUGAAUCACGCGACCCAAACAAAUAUCAUUGGUUAAUUGAGUAUUUAAUAGAAGAUCCACUCAGGGACACCACGUCUUCCAUUUCUUGCACUAGGAUGCAUUUGCUAUCUAUGGCUGUGAAUCAACACGCUUGGAGAAACAUGGAAAUUAGCGUCAGAUUGUUACAGUACUUCAAGCCCCACUUGACACAUCCUUUUCAAAACAUUAGAGAAAAAAUUAGUUCUUUACUGACCAUCAUCCUUUGUAAAGAUUCUCUUUAUACAUGUGGCGUGAAAGGAGCUGAUACUGGCAAGUUUUUUGCAGAGGUACUACCGCAACUUGACUAUCUUUAUAAUGACAGUUUAGCUAAAAUUGAUAGCACAAAUGAUAUCAACCAAGUGGUACAACUGAUGGAACAAGAAGCCAAGGACAAGCUAAUCAGGUUAUACAAGGUGGUUACAAAAUUUGUUACAAUGAGCUUGUCGCGAGUGAACUGUGCUACACGUUCAGAAUUCUUCGAACUGUUACCCUUAUCUGCCAUUUUGCAGAACAACGACGUGGAUGAAGAACUUGCGAACGUAGCUACUAAUAUGAUGGUGAUAUUGGCUCAAACUUUAACUGUAGCUGAGUACAUUCCUUAUAUAUUAAACGCUGUGAAAAAGGUGGCUACAUGUUCAUCUUGGACUGCCAGGGCGCUUAUUACAGAGUAUCUUAAUGUUUUUAUAUUCUUCAAUAUGGCUACUAUUAAUAGCAACAAAGAAUGGGUGCUAGAACUUGAAAAGAUUGUCGUAGAUCUUAUGAAGGACAUAAAACCAGAAGUUCGGGUAGCUGCAGCGAAAGUACUAAGCGGAUUGCUGCAUUGUAAGUUUAUUCCAGACCCAUGCGAGCUGCUCAAUAAUUUCAUACGUAAAGCAAAAGUCAAACUACAACAAGAAAAUGGCAUUCGACAUAAACAUGCUGGAGUUCUGGGGCUAUGUGCCUUCAUUGAAUCUCAUCCAUAUGAUGUACCUGACUUCCUGCCAGAUAUCUUUGCGCAACUGUCCAGUAGAUUGAACGAUCCUCAACCAAUCCCAGCUACGAUAAGAAAAACUUUAGGUAACUUCAAAAGAACGCAUCACGAUAACUGGGAGGCGCAUAAGUUAAAGUUUACCGAGGACGAGUUGGAAUUGUUGAGUGACUUGACUGUGCCACCGAGUUACUAUGUGUGAGGUCAAAUUAGGAGUAUUUUAAAAACUUGGUUGUGUGACUUUUUAUGAGGGCUCGAAAGAUGUUAGGAGUUGUAUAUUUGCACUUGGAAAAUAUUCAUAAGAUUGACGACACCAGUGCUCUGGGUGAUUUGAAGUACAUGCAUCGUUAUAAUUCUAGUUGAUGUAACUUGAAAAAAUAUUUUUUAUACAAGUGCUACCAGCAAAAUUUAAACAAUUUUAAGAUUUAUUUUUAUACAGAAUGAGUAUCUUGGUUUAAUGGUUUGUAAAACUUAAAUUUAAAAUUUAGGCCAUUUUAUUAAAUUUAUAUAAAAUUCAAGUAUCUUAAACUUACCCAGUCAUGUUUAUUAAGUUUUGAUUUCCAUUUUAAUAAAUUUUAUGCGCUCUACGUACCAUUUUUUCAAUUAAUAGAAUAAGCACACAAACCAAGGCUCACUUGUUUUGGUACGUACGUUUAUAGAAGUCAAAUUAAAAGAUCAAAAAGAUGCUUAAGAUGUCUAAAAUUCGAAAAGAUGCCAAGUUGUUGAUACUUGCUAAUUUAUUUAUUAAUUUAUUGUAAUUGUAAAUAAAUAUACCUUACAUUCAUAUGGUAAAAUGGACUAAAUCGAAACUUUCAAUUUUACGAAUGUGAUCCUAACCCUUAUAUAAUAUUUUUUGUAGCUCAAAGCAAUUUAUGUUUUCUCUAUAUCAUUAUUAAUAACUUUUUGCCUCCAGUAUUUUUUAGCGACAAACGUCAUCAAUUUUACUAUAUCUAUUGUUUCAGCUACGUUGUAUCAUUUGUUUCUCGUUUUGUGUAAAAAUUGUAAUUUACGCAAAAUGUAGUAUCUAGCAGCUAAAAGGAGGGAGCAGUUCUUUGAGCAAAGAAUACUAUUUUUUGCACGUUACCACACCAUUAUUUGGUGUUUGAUAUUUUUAUUGUCUUGUUUUGACAUAACUGUCAUGUCCCAGAGUGACAAACAUUUUCGAAAUGGUGGUGUGAGAUAUUCAUUUUCAAAUUAAUAGAAAUGUCUUGUUAAAACAUUAAUUAUACAUCCUUCGAUUUUAUGUUGAAUUUUCUACAUAUCCACGGGAUAGCCGGUUUCUGUUAUUAGUAUAACUGACUUGUGAUGUUUGAAUUACACAAAAAGCCAUUCUACUAAAUAUAUGUAUAUUAGACUCUCUUGAAUCGUUUCGAAUUUGUUUGAACUUGGUACGUUUCGUAAAUUGCCAAAUUUUCAGUUUUAAUAUUCAUAUGCCUAGGUUCACUGCAUACUGUUUUCGACUUUUUCGACAACGCUCCCGUAGGGAUUAUUUUCACAAAAAACUUUUAUUAGAAAUUCACUGUAUAAUAAAACCUUUGAAUGUGAUGUAGCAACCAAUUAUUGUUGCCUAUUUUUAAAGUAUUUUAUUCUUUGUAGUUUACCUGGUUUACUGAUUUGGGAGAGGUUAUUAUUAUUCAUAUUUUAUAAGUUCAGAACUUAUAUUUUUGUUUUAAUAAAAUUUUAAUUUUUAAUAAAAU